AGAGGAGGAGAAGCAGGGAGAGGCUCGGGGGGAGCUUCAGGAGGAGCAUCAGGAAACCAUCAGAGAGUCCCUUUACAGACAACUCUUGAUAGAUUGUGUCCGUACAAAGGAUGGAUGCUGUACUUCACAGAAGGCUUCAUCAAGAGCUCACCUAGUGUGGAAAAGAUCAAAGUGUUUGAGAAAUAUUUCACUUCCAGGAUUCAGCUGUAUGACAAGGAUGAGAUUGAGCGUCAGGGAAGUGUUCUGGUGGAUUAUGCAGACCUGACUGGAGACAAAAUGGUGCGUCAAGCGAUCCCUGAUUUGACCACAGAGCUGAAGGAACAGCCAGAGGUGAUGCUCAACUGUUUGGGAGUGGCAGUUCAUCAGGUGUUGACUUUAGAUUUAGUGAAACAGGCUGCUGAGCUGCAAGGGGAAGAACUUCCUGACGCUACCCCAAUCAUCAACAUCCCUCACAUCAGUGCAAGGCUGUUUAACUAUGAACCACUGACUCCUUUGAGGAUGUUGCGAGCAAGCGUGUUUGGACGGCUGGUGUGUGUAAGGGGAACAGUGGUCAGAGUGAGCAACAUCAGACCUCUGUGUACCAGGAUGGCCUUCAGGUGCCUGGGCUGCUCAAACACACUGUCUCUGCCGCUGCAGCAUGGGAAAUAUGCUACACCUACCAAGUGUAUCCAGUCUGAGUGUCGCAGUCGUUCCUUCGUCCCCUGCAGGAGUUCGCCUCUCACUCACACUGUAGACUGGCAGAUUAUCAAGGUGCAGGAGCUAAUGGGGGGUGAGCAAAGGGAGACUGGACGGAUCCCACGCACUGUGGAGUGUCACCUGAACUCCGACCUCUGUGACAGCUGCGUUCCUGGAGACACAGUUACAGUGACCGGGAUAGUCCGAGUUACCAACGAUGGUACUACUCGGGGGAACAAGGAUCAGUGUAUGUUCCUCCUCUACCUUGAAGCCACGUCAGUCAGCAAUUCUAAAGGUCAGCAGACCAAGUCAGGUCAGAGGUCAGAAGGGUCACAAGAGGAUUGUUCGGGAAGGGAGGAGUUCAGUCUGAAGGAGCUGUAUGCCAUCCAGGAGAUCCAGUCACAGCCUGGCCUGCUGAGACUCAUAGUACAAUCGUUGUGUCCUGCUAUUUAUGGCCACCUGCUUGUAAAAGCCGCUCUUGCCUUGGUGUUGUUUGGAGGCCGACAGAAGCACAUAGACAAGAACAGCGUCCCAGUUAGAGGAGACCCACACCUCCUGAUGGUGGGAGACCCUGGACUGGGAAAGAGUCAGAUGUUACAGGCCGUGUGUAAUGUGGCUCCCAGAGGAAUCUAUGUGUGUGGCAACAGCACAAGCACCACAGGACUAACAGUGACUUUGUCCCGAGACGCUGGAACAGGAGAUUAUGCUCUCGAGGCUGGAGCCUUAGUGCUCGCUGACCAAGGUCUGUGCUGCAUUGAUGAGUUUGAUAAGUUGGGCAACCAGCAGCAGGCUCUGCUUGAAGCCAUGGAGCAGCAGUCUGUGAGCCUCGCUAAGGCUGGAAUAGUUUCCUCUCUGCCUGCCAGAACAUCAGUUGUAGCUGCUGCAAACCCCAUCGGAGGACAUUACAACAGAGGCAAGACUGUUUCUGAAAAUCUGAAGAUGGGUUCAGCUCUUCUCUCUCGAUUUGACGUUGUCUUCCUCCUCCUGGACAUCCCAGAUGAGUCACAUGAUCGCCGCUUGUCUGAGCACGUCAUGGCAAACAGGGCAGGAAAAGGCCGAAUGAGCAGCGCCAUAGUUACCAGAAUUAACAGUGAAUUAGAGACUUCUGUCUUAUUUGAGCACUCUGAUAUGCCGCUGUCUGAACGUUUGCAGAUCCCUGCAGGUGAAAGUGUGGAUCCCAUUCCAGCAUGUUUGCUGAGGAAGUAUAUUAGCUACGCUCGACAGUACGUCCAUCCCACAGUGUGUCCUGAGGCUGCACAGGUACUACAGGACUUCUACCUGUCACUGAGAUCUCAGGCUCACUCUGCUGAUGCCACACCCAUCACCACACGACAGCUCGAGUCGUUAGUAAGACUGACUGAGGCGAGAGCGAGGCUGGACCUCAGAGAGACUGCAACAAAGAGUGACGCUGAGGAUGUGGUGGAGAUCAUGAAACACAGUCUGGUUGAUACAUACUCAGAUGGUCUCGGCAAUCUGGACUUCGAACGUUCUCAGCUCGGGUCGGGAAUGAGUCAGCGCAGCGCUGGAAAACGAUUGGUCAACGCUCUGCAUUUACAUGCACAGAAAACCAAUCAGAAGCAGUUCGACCUUCAGACGCUUCGAUCAGUGGCCAACAGACUGAACAUCAAGGUGAUGGAUUUUGAAGGUCUGGUGAGUUCCCUGAAUGAACAGGGUUUCCUGCUGAAGAAAGGAGCCAAGCUUUACCAACUGCAGACCGUUUGAUUACUGAUUACUGCAACAGACUCAAAGAACAGACUCAAAAUCCCCCAGACUGCUGAGUGACUUUAUGAACUGUCUGUGACAACCAUAACCACUGACACAGACUGGACAGAUGGGUUCAUUGAGAGCAAACACAGUUUACUGAAGGAGAAGUUCCUGCAUAAAAGACUCCAGUACAAACUCACACACAAUUUUUAUUUAAAAAAGUGUCAUCUGGCUCAGUGAUAACACACAGAACUUCAGCAUGAACCUGAUACAUCCCUACUGUCCAGGGUUACAUGUAUGCUUUUGUGUUCUAUAAAAUAUAUUAAAAUUAUAUAUUUUUUUGAUGUUUUAAAAUGUCACUGUUAUUUUUCUGUAAAUAAAAUUGAAUAUUUUUGCUUGUG